AUACUGCCCACACGUUUCACUACCUUUGUCAGUUCGAUCGAUACCUCCAUCAUCUUCCCUCCUGCAUCAGACAGAAGCUUCUUCCAUCUUCCAACCCAGAGCUUUUCAAGAUCUUAGCCGCUCUCGUUCGGUUGUGAUGGCGGCGGCCAUGAGAAAUGCGCUGCUAAAGCACCUGAGACUGGAAGUCGUUGCUCGACGAAGCUCAACCCCUAACCCUAGAGGCCCAUUGGCUCGACUGAUUGGACAGAGCCGUCAUUUCUGCGAGCUAGCCAGAGGCUCCUUCCUUGAUAAAUCCGAAGUCACUGACCGUGUCAUCACCGUCGUCAAGAACUUUCAGAAAGUCGAUCCGGCAAAGGUUACCCCAAAUGCACAUUUCCAAAAUGAUCUUGGUUUAGAUAGUUUAGACACCGUGGAAGUUGUUAUGGCCCUCGAAGAAGAGUUCGGGUUUGAAAUACCAGACAACGAGGCAGACAAGAUCAACACAAUCAGUCUUGCUGUGGACUUUAUUGCCUCACACCCACAGGCAAAAUAAUGCAGAGAGGAAUUGAUUCCCCUUCAUUUUUUUUAUAUAUGUAGCAGUUUGCAUAUCAGUUCAUGGCAACGCUCUAAAUGGACCUAAACUCCAAGGAUGAGUUUGAAUUCAGUUUUUUACUUUGUAUUGAUGAAUUCCAUGAGGGCGGGAUGGCAUUGGGGUCCUUUUGAACUUUUCUGGAACAUUAAUAAUUAUUAUUGUGAAUUUGGAUGUAUG